GUCAGUUGUCGCCAGCUUGGUCCGGCGCGCGUGUGUGAGUGGGCUCCUGUGACCCGGAUACAUAUAUAACACAGCAAUGUGAAUCAAGAACAGGUGAAUAAUUGAUGCUCUAAUUAACCUAUGGCGCGGUGACACAGAGGAAGCAAGGGCGCGGAGGGAAGGAGUGACAGCUUAGUGAAACAGGAGAGUCUCGUACUGUGUGACUGCUGAUUACUUACUGAAAACUUGUCAAUUCAAAUCAUCAACCAAAACGAGACGAAAGGAGAGUUUAAUAUUGAUGAGAUUAAGUCAUAUGGUUUGUUGUUUAGUAGAUUGUUAAUGUAGUGUAUAUAUAUUUCAAUAGUUAGUGCUGGAAAGUAUAUAUAUAGUUAGGUUUUUAUUUUACUCGUUGUGAUGUCGAAGCAAUAAGAGAAAGUGGGAAGCAAAACUGGAGAUAAGUGACUAUACGAGUGUCUAGGAUGUUGCUUUAGUUAUACUUGGCACUUAAUUGAGAAACGAGUGGGUGACAUGAAGCGUGUCUGAGGAAAAACACAAACAAACAAACAAAGAACCAGGAAUAUCAAUCUAGUAUAGAAAAAAAAUAAGUAAGGAAAAAAAAAGGACACGAAACACACCAAUCAAAAAAAAAAUCUUGAGUGACGAAAUGAACUAGGAAUCUUAAACCAAUCUAAGGAAAAAGGCUUAAAAAAGUGACAAAAAUACGGAAAGCUUACUUUAUUUAGAAAAAAGAAACUAAGUGAGGAAAAGAAGAAAAACUAGAUUCCAAACCAGUUAAGAAAUAAAAGGCUUGAAAGUGAACUAAGAUAAACCUAAAACUUGAAUAAAACUUGCCUACUUACUUGCCUAGUUACUGACACUGUCCUUCCGUGAGUGGCAGUGAAAGGGUUACAGUAGGCGAGGCAAUAUGAGGAACCAGGGAACUGCUACUGUUACGUUCACUGCUUCACUGCUGUUACUCUCCCUGCUGCUGCUGUUACUGCUGCACCCUGCCCUCUCAAGCUCUCCACUAAAUAAAGACUCGCCCUACUUUGAAGCGCCAGUACAGAACGUGACGGCGCAUGUGGGACGAAUAGCCAAACUCACCUGUGUUGUUGAGAACUUGGGAGACUUCAAGGUGGCGUGGGGCUUCCAAGGGACAGGCGCCGUGCUGACAGUGGCCACGGACGUCCUCACCAACAACCGCCGCGUCAGUAUACAAAGGGAGCAACGGAGCACGUGGGUCCUCACUAUCUCAGACGUCACGCUCAAAGAUGAAGGUGCCUACUGGUGCCAAGUGAACACCUCCCCGCCACGAUCCGUCACUGGCUACCUGACUGUUGUAGAACCGCCUGUGCUGGAUGGCGGAGACGAGGAAGUGACGGUGAACAGUGGCGAGGCAGCGAACCUCACCUGUAGGGCGCACGGCACACCCACGCCCACGAUUAGAUGGAUCAGAGAGGACUACGACAGCAUUAGAAUUACUGACGCGGUCUUUGUACAAGACUUCGUCGGGAGCACACUGCCGCUGAAGGAAGUGAACCAGCGCAGUGCAGGCGGGUACCUCUGCAUCGCUAGCAACGGCCACCCUCCUUCCAUUAGCAAGCGAGUCAUUGUCAACGUGAACUACAAGCCAUUAGUUCAAGGCCCAAAGCAGACCAUGUGGGCACUGCCAGGCUCCACCGUCAGCCUCACCUGCCUCUACGCCGCCCAUCCCGAGCCUCACGUGGUCUGGAUGAGGGAAAAUUCGCUCGGUUCGCAGCUUCUUAGUGAUGAUUACUUCACUGUCACGCCGCAAGAUGGCCACCCUCCUUAUACGCACAACAUGACGCUCAAUAUGAGGAACUUGCUUCGGUCCGAUUUCGGCAUCUACACCUGUGUCAUCAAAAACUUCAUGGGGCAAGAACAAGCGUCAACGAUUCUAAGAGAGUUAAUCACCACCACCACCACUACUACCACCACUACUACUACCACCACCACCACCACUACUAUGGUACCACCCCCGCGGCUGCUCUACGGUGACUACGACGACAAUGCGAAGAACCUGACGGCGCCCUUGGUAGUCAACACCUCCCCCGGGAUGUCUAAAGACGCGGGUGUGCAGUCAGCGCCCUCUCGAGAUCAGCACUAUGGCAACAGGAGGUCCAAAAACAUAGCUAGGAUUAAUAUUUUAGACAACAAGCCAAGCGCCGCGUCACAGCCAGGCAGGGACGCCACCGUGGUUCUCUUACCGCUGCUUGCCCGUGUGCUGUGGGGACCUCAUCUAUUCCUCUAGUAGGAGCCACACGGGGCGGCCACCAGCGAGGGACGGAGAAGGAGCAGCGCCAAGACAGAGGGAUAGACAGAGAAGACACGUGUUUAUAGAGGCACAGAGGCAAAAAGAGAGAUUGGAACCAUGUUUUUUUUAUAUAAGAGGGUAAAGUUGACAAAUGGCAAUAUUAAACGAGAAGAAAAGACCCACUAAGUUGCCAGUCACCCGAGAAUUAACCAAAAAAAAAGGGAUAACUGUCUUAAAACCUUGUAUUUGUACUUGUGAUGUAUCGAGAACAGUGUGAAUGAAAAGCAACUGAAUUAUUAAACAGGUACUAACAGAGGAGAUGAAAUUGUGAGAUACUUGUGAGGUAUUGAGAAAACUAGUCUGAUUUAGGUUGAGAAAACUAAAAGUGUAUAAAAAAGGAGAAGGAAAAAGGAUAGAUACAUCAAAAUAGAAGCCAGCAGGAUAGGUGUAUGACUUUAGAGCCACAGAGACACAAAGGGAGCAGAAAUACGAGGCGUGAUAUCUGUGAGACAUUGAGAAAACUAGUGAGAUUUGUGGGGGAAAAUUACAAUGGAGUGUUUAGAUAGAGAAAGGAAGAAAACAGGGUUAGGUGCGCCAAGAAACUAACAGGAAGUAUACGAGCUUUUUAGAGGCACAUAAACACAGAGACAAAAAUAAAAGGUAUGAAUAUUAUCAGGUAAAGAGAAAUCUGGUGUGAUUAGUGAGAUGAAAUACCGUUAGGGUGUUGAUAUAGAAGGAAGGAAGGAAAAAUAAAUAGAACG